GUCGCCUUCUCUCUGGAUUUUGACCAUGUCGCCAAGCUACAAGUUGAAGCCUAUCAUUUUUGAAAUGUGGAAACAAAGUUAUACAGAUCACAAGGAUCUGGAAUGGUUUCAAAUUAUGCUGCUAAGAUUCUGUAUUCAGCGGCCCUCUUAUAAUGAGCCUCAUCUCAAGAAGGUGGAGAUAUGAUUUUCCCCAUUCAUUGAAGACAGCCGUAAGUUUCUUCAAUGACUUUUCAAUUUAUUCUGAUCAAAAUAUGUGUUUGAAAUCUAUGCAGCUACUACCCGGUAUAAAUAUUCAUUAAAGGUGCCUGUCUGGAUUUUAUUGUUUCAAAAAUGCGCCCGUUCAACAACAGUCAUCCGUCAUCCGGCAAGAAUAAAUACUACAGGCCUCUCGCGACAAGAACGGCGACUCUCAUAAUCCUGUUUGUAGCUACAUUGCUGCUCAUCGCAUUGCUCGAAUAUUCCUGCCAUAUGAUUCCACAACACUCCGGGUUUGGGUCUACUGCAGAAGAACUUGUCAAUAUUACUCGUUCGAAGUUAGAUGAGAGGGAUGCAUAUAUACAUCAAAAAAGGGCUGAAGAAGCCAAUGUUUCGAACGAGAUAAGUCCUUCUACUUCAGUAGACUCUGCAGCAUCUUCUUCUUUAGCUACGACUGUAACCCCAAUACCUUCAUCUGGAAAGUCUACCACCCAUACAGUUUCUUUGACGGGUACCGGGUCUUCAGGUGUGACUUCCAAGGCUACAACAACCAUACCGAUGCCAACUCUGUCUAGUGCUACUUAUCUGACUCCUGAUAAAUCUACCCCCGUAGAUUCUUUUGCUCCAGAUAGCACAUAUUUGUCUCCAGGAAAAGGCAUUACAAGUACAACAGAUGGAUCAUAUAUGACUCCAGGCUCUACCAACUCAUACCCAACAAUAGCAUUCAGCACAAGUGCACCUGGGAUGAUUAUUUCAAAUACUAAAUCCACAACCCCAUCGCCAACUGUGGUACCCGUGACUAGCGAAUAUGUUUCAACAAUCACGGUCUCUCAGCCCAUCACAGUAUCUAUCACCAGUGACUAUGUUUCUCCUAUCUCUAUUCCCAAUCCCACCACCGCAGGUAAGGGAACAUCACCUAGCAAUCAAGAUACCGCAGUAAAUAAAACCCCAGUUACCUCCAUGCAACAAGUUUCGGAUAGCACCACCAUCGAAGUAGUCACAUUUACAUCAAGUUCUCGUGAUCCUGACGGGACACUAGUGGAACUGAUCAUCACAUCGUCGUCUCUGGUACGAACAGUACCGUCAACAAGCAAUAGGCUUCAGAAUGUACCAACGAGAGACAAUCCCAUUUCCGCACCCACUGCGACAGUUACGAAUGACUCAAGUAUGUUAGUCAUUGUAUCAACUUUCAAAAGCGUCUAUGAAAGUACCAUCUUUUCCACUAGCUCUGGUACUACUGUCGACAGACCGGUAGCGACGAGUGCUAAUUCAAGUGGAACUUUCGUAUAUUAUAGCAGCGGCGCAGUUACCGCACCAGAUCAGAUCACUUAUCGACAAUAUCUCACAGCUUCAUUUUUACCACUUUUCUUGGCUAUAUUUUAUGCGAUUCCAUGGCGCAUUCUGGAAAACACAGUCCGAAAUAUGGAGCCCUUCUACCAACUAAGGCCGUUCUCGCAUUCCACAGAGUCUGAAGCCAUACGUAUAGACUACGAGAGUCCAUCGAUAUUCAUUCUCCCUUUCAAAUCCUUGCCCCGGAGACACUUCACAAUAUUUGUGACAAGUUUGAUCUCAAUCAUCAUGCUUGCAGUCGCACCCCUUGCUUCACAAGUCAUGAUAAUAGUUGAAAGUAAUUAUUGCGUAGGAACUGGCUUUGAUACUUGCGAUAGCUGGGGAAUAUAUCCUAAUUUUGCACGACUUCUCGAAGGACUACUAGGUUCGAUUGCAGUGUUUACACUUUUCUUGAUAUUUGCGGGACUACGCCGCGAUAGUGGUGUAUACAGUGAGCCAUUGAGCUUAGUUGGGCUAGCAGUCAUACAUCGCAAGACUCCCCUUUCAUUACAGGCAAUAAACAAUAGCCAGACAAGAUUGGAAGAAGAGGAGACUCGCAUCCCCGCUCAAGGAUAUACAUUUUUGAUGGCAGCAGAAGGAGAGAUUGCCAGUGCUACACAGGACUCAGCUCUCUUGAGAUCCAAGAGACGAGAAGAUUCUAGGAAUACAUUCCUAUCAAAAGUGUUGAAAGGAAUCCGGGCUCGGGUUCUUCACAUUUGCAUGCUUUGUUUGUUAUGCGGCAUUCUUGUCGUGGUGGCCGUAUACUACCAAACAAAUGCAAAUACCGGAUUUAAUCGCUUCAUGAAUUCGCAAGGCUUCGGAGUACGAUUCUUCAUGACAGCUCUGGGAACGGGAACCAAUCUUCUUUGGUCGCGCGUUGACGAUGAUUUCCGUAAGACGGAUCCUUAUCAUCAGCUCCUCCGUGGCAACGCCAAGCCUCAGAACUCCAUCUUAGCUCCCGUGCAUAUGAGUCCCUAUUCAGCCCUCAUUCCUUCCAUCGGAAGGAAACAUUAUCUCGUCUCUUGGAUUUCAUUUUGUUCGAUCCUAUCAGAAUUCCUACCAAUAACUCUAGCCAAUAUACCGUUCAGCAAUACGGAGACGCGCUUAGUGCUCCUGACCUGUUUUUAUCUCGCCAUGGCUAUACUUUCGCUCAUGAUUAUUGGUGUUGUUCUACUCCUCCUUAGAUCUCGUCAUGGUGUCAAGAGUCUUCCAAAAAAGCCUUUUACAAUUGCAGCAAGACUACAGUAUCUAGACCCAACUGGCGAGGUGGACGAUUCGAACUUACUGAGAAGUCUUGAUGGACUAGCUUCAUUCGAAAGGGAGGAGAGAGAUGCACGGGUCAUCUCGAGGGGUAAAUUAUACAGUAUGGGCACUGGUGAAGACGGGAAAUUAAGAAUUGAUGAAGAUGAGAGAAUUGUGGGUAAAUGGAGGAAGGAGAAUCGUGAUAGUGAAGACGUCUAAUGUUUGAAUGCCUCUAAUGAUGUCUCGAAAUACUUAUUCAGAUACUAGAUACAUUCAAGAUACAUAACUUUGGUAUUAUACCAGUCACAGCAUGAAGCGGAGGAUAUGUCGAUGGCUGUGAUAGUUAUGGAAUGGAUACUGGCAGAUAAUUGACUUUGUGCUCCGCUGAUUGGGUGCGGGAGGUGGCAUAUUCAUUUAUCCAGCAUAUGGCUGAAUUCAGACGAUCAUGAAGGAUGAGAGCAUACAUAGGGGUUAUUCGGACACAAUCAGUUUAUGAAAAUUUUGACAUGAUACUACUGUAAUAAUAACUUUCUUGCUAGUACAAGAUGUAAAAAAUAAGAGGAACCCAGGAAUACCAAUUUUGAUGCCUUGGUUCUCAAAUUCCCAGAACUUUUAAAAGUCUAAACUAUAUGCAGGUAUAUUAACUUAAAGACAUAAAUAAUAUAGCGAAUAUAUACAAAUUACACAGACAAACAUCCAAGUCUAACUUCCUCCUCUGCUUUUAUUCGUGCCAAUGAAGCAUCGUGCAAUGCGCGAACCCCAGUCUCCUCUACCAAUUCAUCCCACAAAGCCCACUUACUACUUGGGUAGCUCGGUUCAUUCUUCCAUGCCCAAUCAAGCAUUAGCCAGUGUGCACGCUCGGGUAGUUCACCUGCGAACUUCGCCCAGUGGGAUGUGCGGGUAUCUAGCAGUUCUCCAGCUAGCUCAGCAUCCCAAGUGGCGCCCAUUUGCUCAUCAGUCAGGCCAUCGUAUUCUCCCACCCUACCAUCAUAGACAAUUAAUUUCGCCAAUUUACUUAUAAGUUCACUGGGCCAAUCGCCUUUAUUGAGAACGAACGCCGAGAUUCGGGCAGAUAGUUCAUCAGUGAGACCGUCUUUCUGCAUUUGUAGCCAAAAAUACCCCGGGGCUUUGUCCUUGUUGUCCUUAUAAAAUUGAAGCUUAGCUUCAGUAAGUAGUCUUUCGCGAAGGUUCUCCGCUUCUGUAAGUUCGGAGGAAUCUAUGACUUCUUUGUUCUUCGAAAAGAAACUGAAAUAAUUCUAGACCGACGGGAGAAUGUAUUGGACCAUCGACAUGAAAACUCUCAAGCUUGAAGACUUCUCUCAAAACCUUGAAUAAACUCUGAAAUGACCCUCGACAUAAAUAAAUAUGACUCAAUGUUAGGUGUCGCAGA